GGGGGAGCGCCCCUACACCUGCAGCGACUGCGGCAAGGGAUUCACCAUGUCCAACCACCUGCUGGUGCACCAGCGCACCCACACCGGCGAGCGCCCCUUCACCUGCGCCCAGUGCGGCAAGGGCUACACCCGCUCCACCCAGCUGCUGAACCACCAGCGGGUGCACACCGGCGAGCGUCCCUCCAUCAGGCCCUUCGGCUGCUCCGACUGUGGCCAGGACUUCAAGAGUGCGGGGGACCUGAAGGUCCAUCGGCGGGUGCACACGGGCGAGAAGCCCUAUGGCUGCCCCCACCUGCGGCAAGAGUUUUUCCCGGUCGUCGGGGCUGUGGGAGCACCGGCGGGUGCACAGCGGAGAGCGGCCCUUCACUUGCUCUGACUGCGGCAAAGGUUUCAAGUCGUCCAUGCACCUGAGGGUGCACCGGCCCGUGCACACGGGGGAACGCCCCUACACCUGCGGCGACUGCGGCAAGGGGUUUGCCCAGUCCAACAACCUACUGAAGCACCAGCACACCCACACCGGCGAGCGCCCCUACGCCUGUGCCGAGUGUGACAAGGGCUUCUCAUGCUCCAACCAGCUGCUGUCCCACCAGCGGGUGCACUCUGGCAAGAGGCCCUUUGUCUGCUCCGACUGUGGCCAGGACUUCAAGGGGGCGCAAGAGCUGAAGACCCACCGGCGGGUUCACACGGGCGAUAAGCCCUAUGUCUGCUCCACCUGCGGCAAGAGCUUCGCCCGAUCGUCGGGGCUGUGGCGGCACCAGCAGGUGCACGGCAGCGAGCGGCCCUUCUCCUGCUCCGACUGCGGCAAAGGCUUCAAGUCGUCCACAAACCUGACAGUUCACAGGCGCCUGCACACCAAGGAGCGGCCCUACACC